AUGUUUGUCACCACGUCCCCGCUGCAGGCCUAUGCAGCUGCCAUUCUCUUUUCCUCUACACUCAUUUUGCAAGCACACGCCAAUCCAGGCCAUGCAGGACAUGCUCUCAGGCAUUCCCACCAUCACCAGAAGCGACAGCAGGUGCAGCUCCAGUCACCCUCCGACCCAAUCGAAGCACUCUUCAAUGACACAAGCAGUCCACUCGACAAACGCGACGGUACUUGCGCCUUCCCCUAUGCAGACGGCAUGGUCGCCGUAACGCCAAACUUUCAGAACGCAGGAUGGGCCAUGAGUCCGGAUCAGCCAUGCACAUUCGGCAAGUACUGCCCGUAUGCAUGCAAGCCAGGGUAUGUCAUGAACCAGUGGGAUCCCUCAGCAACAACAUACGCCUACCCGUCUUCCAUGAACGGCGGCCUCUUUUGCAAUGGCGAUGGCAGUCUCUCAAAGCCCUUCCCUGACCGAGCCUACUGCAUACCCGGCACAGGCAGCAUCCGCGCCAAGAACAACAUGGGCAGCAUGGUCUCCUUCUGCCAAACAGUCUUGCCAGGAAACGAAGCCAUGCUGAUUCCAACUGCCGUCAACCCUGGCUCAUCCGUCAUUGUUGCCGUGCCGGAUCCGUCCUACUACGCCUCCUCUGCUGCACACUACUACAUCAACCCAGCUGGUGUUGGUAUUGAAGGGUGCAUCUGGGGUGAUGUGUCCAAGGAUGUUGGUAAUUGGGCUCCGUACGUUGCUGGUGCCAACACGGUCGCCAACGGCGAGACUUUUGUCAAGGUUGGUCGCAACCCUAUUGCCCUCGAGACUGACAAGUGGACCAACGCUGCUCCCAACAUUGCUGUGGCCAUUGAAUGCCCCGAUGGUGGCUGCAAUGGUCUACCCUGUCGAUGCGACUUUUCAGACGGCGCCAACUCUUGCACGGGCGGUGUCUCGGGCGCUGGUGGUGCUCAGUUUUGUGUUGUCACAGUGGCACCUGGUUACAAGGCCAAUAUCGUCGUGUAU